AUGGACCUCAAGUUUAGGCCAAGUUUCUUCUUUUCCUUUCUGAUUUUCAUCUUUCUUCUCUCAAAACCUGAUUUGGGAUCAGCAUCUAAUCCUAAAUGCACAUCCACCGAGCGCCAAGCUCUUUUCACCUUCAAACAAUCACUUACUGAUCCUUCUGGUCGACUCUCUUCUUGGUUUGGACCUGACUGCUGCAACUGGCGCGGUGUUGGCUGCGACAACAGAACCAGCCGUGUCAUCAAGAUUGAUCUCAGAAACCCAAACCAACUAGUUCACUUCGAUGAGUCUAAAAGGAGUAGCUUGGGGGGCAAGAUAAAUCCGUCUUUGACCAGUCUCAAGUUCUUGAGCUAUCUGGACUUGAGUUCAAAUGAUUUCAACGGCCUUGAGAUCCCCGAGUUCAUCGGCCACAUCGUUAGUCUAACGUACCUGAAUCUUUCAUUCUCAUCUUUUUCCGGUGAGGUCCCUGCCGUUCUUGGAAAUUUGUCGAAGCUCGAGUCUCUUGAUCUGAACACUGGACCAGAGCCUUCCUUAUAUCAUCCUUGGUUUUAUUUGCGGGCAAGCAACCUCGGGUGGCUUUCGGGUCUGUCUUCUUCACUGACUUACCUCGACAUGAGGCAUGUGGGUAUGAGCAGUGAAACCUGGUUACAGGAUUUCAGUAGACUCUCGAAGCUUAAGGAGUUGCAUUUGCACAAAUGUGGGCUCGGGAACUUACCUCUCUCUUUGUCCUCGCCUGCGAAUCUGAAGCUCCUUGAAGUUCUUGAUUUGUCUGAAAACUCUUUCAGCUCGCCGAUACCAAACUGGCUAUUCGAUCUCACCAGCCUCAAAAAACUACUCCUCAAACAGUGUGAACUCGAGGGCUUGAUUCCUUCCGGAUUCAAGAAGCUUCAGCUUCUAGAGACACUAGAUAUGACUCAUAAUCUACUCUCAGGAGAACUUCCACCGGUUCUUGGAGACCUUCCUCGGCUUAAGUAUCUCACCCUUUCCGGAAACUCUUUCCAAGGUCAAAUCCACAGGUUUGUCGACGCCUUGUCCAGAUACAAAGGAAACAGCAGCUUGCUCUCUCUCCGUCUUUAUUCCAACCGUUUAGAAGGGACAUUGCCUGAGUCGCUUGGAGCGUUGAGGAAUCUAGAGACGCUUGAUCUAUCAAGUAACAAGUUUUCUGGUGCCAUUCCUCAGAGCUUGGCAGCGAUAUCUUCUCUGCAUACGCUGAAUCUUUCGUACAAUAAACUGGAGGGAAGCAUACCUAAGCAGCUGAAGUUUGAAGAUCCGUCCAUUUACGUUGGAAAUGAGUUACUCUGUGGGAAACCACUUCCUAAGAAGUGUCCAAGGAAGCAGCAGACUGUUGUAGUUAAUUGA